UGGACACUGAAUUGUUUGAUGGCUGAGGACUUUUUAUCAACGUUACCGACACCCUGGACAUUAAGGCUGAAUUCAGCAUGGUUGAAGAUACUAGAUUUACCAUCAGAUGACUGCAUUCAGACAGGAAACUGCAACUGAAGCUAAUUCUGCUAUGGCCCUGUGGGAGCCACGGGAGGAGACUGCCACAGAUCCCACUGCAAACACCAUUCCAUAUGCCAUGAAUAUGUCCAUCCCCUCCAUCCUGCUUGGUCUGGGGCUGAAGUGCCUGCUCAACUGGGGCAUGGUGGCUCUGCAGAGGAGCCACAUCUGGAGGACCUUCAUAGGGUUUUUCAGCGUCUCCCUGGCUCUCGCCGACACGGCCCUGACUCUCACUCUCACUGCCAUCCACCUCCAGGGAGACUGCUUCCUCCUGGGCCUUCACCUCUCCAGGCAUCAUGUGUGUUUGCUGGUUCAAAUUGUUGGAGAAAUCUACAGCGUGCUGCAGUGGCCUGUGGUGGCCGUGGCAGGUGUGGACCAUUACUGCACCGUGUCUCAGAGAUUACAGCCUGUGCCCAUAAGGAACCGAACGGCCAUCUGCUCAUUUCUUACUGGCCUCUUGUGGAACGUGGCUUUUCUCUAUGUGUUUCUGCUGUCUGACUUCAUUCCCGUCUUGGAGGAUCAGUCUCCCUACCUAUUGCGCCAAUGCUCGGUCUUUCACAUGCCUCAGAUCCUGCAGGUUGCCAUGGUGCUCUUCCUGACUGUGGGAUGUGCAUUGUUGAUAUUGCACGCAGGAUGUCCUAUUCAUAGCUACCGUGGCCCUCAAUACUUGUCAUUAAAGGACCAAACUAUUGACCAAAGUGUUACUCAGUCCAGGAGAGAUAUUGUUCACCAAGCCUUGAGGAUAUUUCUGAACACUUGGGCUCUCUUCCUCGUUUUCCUGGCUGUGCUCCUCCUGCUGCCUGCGGGAAUACCCACAUACCUGGGCUUGAACGUUCCCUGGCUUUGUUUCCUCAACAGCCUUUUGAUCGGAGUGGUUUUAUGUGCAAUCUGUCCAGCCUCACAGUUAGCACAAGGCUUGGCAGCACUUCCCCCUGACAGCUUCUGCAACUGGAGAUUAAGCUCCACAGCAGAGCACAGAAUAUGACUGCACAACGGCUUCAACGUUAUUUAGAGUAAUGUUUAAAACGUUCACACCCUCAGACUGAUAAUACAGCUGUGGGCCAUUUCCUGAGUGCAGUGGUGGCUUCCCC